AUGGCGCUAGCUUUGAACACUCCCACAAUCAAUUUCUCGCAAAUUGAAACUCUCACUGGAUCGAAUUUCAAACUAUGGAAGUUCGAUCUUGAAGUUACACUAGGCAUGAGUGAUAUCGAUUAUGCUGUCACCCAAGGCGAGCCGACAAGACCCAUUGCUAAUUCCCCUGUUGAAGUUAAAAGGCCUAUUAUGGAAGCUAUUUUUGGUGGAGUUCCUGAAACAGAAAGUGCCAAGCAGUUGGCUAAUACGAAGUACGAAGGAGGCAGAGUAAGAGAACAUCUCGUGGGACUCGUGGAUAUUGCUGCCAAAUUGAACAGGUUGAAAAUGAAAUCUUCCGUUAACACCCUGAAGGAGGAUUGGACAAUGGAUGACCUGAUUACAAUUGUUGUUCUUGAGGAGAAUAGGACACAAGCUUAUGGUGGUGUGGCUAAUGUGGUCACUGCCAGGAAGUAUGAGAAUAAGGGUGCUGUAAAAUCGGAAUAA